AUGAAAGGGAGAGAGCGAAAGAGCAAGGAUAGUAGAGAGGAGGGGAGAUAUGAAACAGAGAGGAAAGGGUAAGAGAGAGAGAGAGAAUUGAGAUAGAGAGUUAUAUAGAUCGAUGUAAUAAUUAUAGUGAUAGAUGUUAACUGAGAGAUACAAGAGGCGAGAACAGAACUAGAGAGAGACAAAGGAGAGAGUAGAGAGAGAGAGAGUAGAGGAAAACGAGAGAUAGAGAGAGCAGCAAAGAGAGAGGGGAAGAGAGAAAAGAGAGAGAGAGAAAAGAAGAGAGGAGAGAGAGAGUAUGUGUUAGCUGGAGGAGCGAUAGAGCGAGGAGAGAGAGAGCAGCGCAAAGGAGAGAGAGGCACGAAGGAGAGAAGCGAGAGAGAGAGAUAGAUAGAGAGAUCGAGAGAACAAUAUAGUCUAGAUGUAGUCUAUAUCGAUACUCUAUCUAUAUAUCUCUCGCUGUCAUCUGGCGAUAUAAUCUCUCUCUUCCUCCCUGUCUGUCUCUACAGGCUCUGGUGUUCCCCAGUCAGCUGUAUGAGUUAGUGUUUGAGCUCAGGACCACCAGGAUCUCCAUCAGACUCUAUGGAGGAGCACUACUCAGUGAGGACUGCCUACUGUGACAAUACACACACCUCUUUAAUCAGAUCUAAUCGCUUUUAUCAGCCUCUCACAGUGCAACACAACACCAUUAUUGACACUCAGGGAAACGUCUGUUGUGAUUGUGUUGAUAAGCUGCUCUACUGCCACUUCUCUGCCAGGGAAACCGCUCGGUCUCACCAGCUAUUAAUAUUUAAUGGUCCUGUCUAGUUCCUGACGAACUCCUCUAGGGCGGAGUACACUUGUUGUUGGUGAACAGUGUUAAAGUGAGGACGUAAAGCAGUGCAUUCUGGAUCCUGUAUUUCAUGUUGAGUGACUUGUUGGCCCAGAAAGAGGCACCAGGUCCAAAUGAUUAGUUUCUACUCUGCUGGGUAUGAUAAGAGGAUAGACAUUCAGAUGGCUGGAUGGUUUUUCUGCCAGUAAAGAAACAAAGCAAUUUAACUGGAUUGAAAAGUCGGCCUGCUAUAACCUUAUUCAAUUAUACAUUAAACAUGUCCAUCUCCAAAUCACAGUGAGAAUAAAUGAUGCAAGACAAUGCAAUCUCACUUUGUCUCCUUUUACAUGGAACAGGUAAGACCAGAACCAGCUCAGGGCUUACCUAGCUAAAUAACAGGUAAGACCAGAACCAGCUCAGGGCUUACCUAGCUAAAUAACAGGGAAGACCAGAACCAGCUCAGGGCUUACCUAGCUAAAUAACAGGGAAGACCAGAACCAGCUCAGGGCUUACCUAGCUAAAUAACAGGGAAGACCAGAACCAGCUCAGGGCUUACCUAGCUAAAUAACAGGGAAGACCAGAACCAGCUCGGGGCUUACCUAGCUAAAUAACAGGGAAGACCAGAACCAGCUCAGGGCUUACCUAGCUAAAUAACAGGGAAGACCAGAACCAGCUCAGGGCUUACCUAGCUAAAUAACAGGGAAGACCAGAACCAGCUCAGGGCUUACCUAGCUAAAUAACAGGGAAGACCAGAACCAGCUCAGGGCUUACCUAGCUAAAUAACAGGGAAGACCAGAACCAGCUCGGGGCUUACCUAGCUAAAUAACAGGGAAGACCAGAACCAGCUCAGGGCUUACCUAGCUAAAUAACAGGGAAGACCAGAACCAGCUCAGGGCUUACCUAGCUAAAUAACAGGGAAGACCAGAACCAGCUCAGGGCUUACCUAGCUAAAUAACAGGGAAGACCAGAACCAGCUCGGGGCUUACCUAGCUAAAUAACAGGGAAGACCAGAACCAGCUCAGGGCUUACCUAGCUAAAUAACAGGGAAGACCAGAACCAGCUCAGGGCUUACCUAGCUAAAUAACAGGGAAGACCAGAACCAGCUCAGGGCUGACCUAGCUAAAUAACAGGGAAGACCAGAACCAGCUCAGGGCUUACCUAGCUAAAUAACAGGGAAGACCAGAACCAGCUCAGGGCUUACCUAGCUAAAUAAGACAGAAAUAAUAAUUGAACGCUUUAAUACUUUUUGUCACAGGGUAUUAAGAGGUCUGUAUUCAGUCUGCCGUGUUUUACAGUAUUACAUGAUGAGGACAGCAAGGCGUGACUGUACAGUCCCCCCUCUGAUGGAGGGAGGGAGAGAUGGAGGGCUGGAGGGAGAGAUGGAGGGCUGGAUGGAAGGAGGGCUGGAUGGAAGGAGGGCUGGAUGGAUGGAGGGCUGGAUGGAUGGAAGGAGGGCUGGAUGGAUGGAAGGAGGGCUGGAUGGAUGGAAGGAGGGCUGGAUGGAAGGAGGAACCCUCCUGAGAAAGAUAAACAGGGAAGAAAGGAUCACCCCUUAACAGCAGAAGGCUGUAGGCAGCAGGGGUGAAGAUACAGGAUUCAUCCCAAAUGGUACCCUAUUCCCUACAUAGUGCACUACUUUUGACCAGGACCCAUAGAGCUGUGGUCAAAAGUAGCACACCAUAUAGGGAAUAGGGUGGCAUUUGGAACACACACACACACACACACACACUGUUCCUCUACUGUCUGUUGAGCAUCAGCCGGGGUGGGAACAGAGCCACAGAUGUACUAUAUAGUUGUAAAUAUGGUAUUCUACUGCAUCUGUCCAAGGCUCUGUGUGGGCUGGGGUCAUCAGAAGGGCUCACUACCUCAUAAUGAGGAGGAGGUGUGCACUACCCUGGUACCAUGUUAACAUCGGCCAACAUGCUAGUCUAAUGCCACGUCUAUGAAGAAGGAAUUGUAGCUGAGAGAUUUAGUUGUCUGGAUCUGUUCUGACGUGAACCUAUGUAGACCUAACCAUGUGGAAGGCUGGCUACACUAGACUACUGUAGUCCUGAACCUAAUGCUAAACAUCCCUCUCUCUCUCUCUCUCUCUCACCAGGUGUCUCAUUGAUCAUGUGGAAAGGUCUCUACACAGCAGAGAAGGCCAUCAUCCAGUGGACCCUGCUGACAGAGGCCUGCCUGUUCGCUGUCCAGUUCCUGGGUGAGGGAUCCAUUGUUCCGUCUUCGACUGUCCAUUUACUGACAAGACAAACUAACAACUAUGCAGCAAGGAUGCACUGGGCUUAAAAUAUUGGUUUAUGAUAUAUAUUACAACAUAUCAUCAGAGUUUUUCUUUACAGACUAUCUGUAGGUUACAGUAGUAGUAGUAGAUAUCAGCUAUGGGGUAGGGGUAACCAGGUGGAAAGCAUGGCCAGCCGUAGAAAAAUGCUUGUUGAAAUUCUCGAUUAUUGUAGAUUUAUCGGUGGUGACAGUGUUUCCUAGCCUCAGUGCAGUGGGUAGCUGGGAGGAGGUGCUCUUAUUCUCCAUGGACUUUACAGUGUCCCAAAACCUUUUGGAGUUAGUGCUACAGGAUGCAAAUUUCUGUUUGAAAAAGCUAGCCUUUGCUUUCCUAACUGCUUGUGUAUAUUGGUUCCUGACUUCCCUGAAAAGGUGCAUAUCGCAGGGGCUGUUCGAUGCUAAUGCAGUACGCCACAGGAUGUUUUUGUGCUGGUCAAGGGCAGUCAAGUCUGGGGUGAACCAGGGGCUAUAUCUGUUCUUAGUUCUGAAUUUUUUGAAUGGGGCGUGCUUAUUUAAGAUGGAGAGGAAAGCACUUUUGAAGAACAUCCAGGCAUCCUCUACUGAUGGAAUGAGGUCAAUAUCCAUCCAGGAUACCUGGGCCAGGUCAAUUAGAAAGGCCUGCUCGCUGAAUUGUUUUAGGGGCGUUUCACUGCGGACCCAUUACGGACGCAGGCAAUGAGGCAGUGAUCGCUGAGAUCCUGGUUGAAGACAGCGGAGGUGUAUUUAGAGGGUAUAUUUUUCAGGAUGAUAUCUAUGAGGGUGCCCAUGUUUACGGAUUUAGGGUUGUACCUGGUAGGUUCCUUGAUGAUUUGUGUGAGAUUGAGGGCAUCUAGUUUAGAUUGUAGGACAGCCGGGGUGUUAAGCAUAUCCCAGUUUAGGUCACCAGGCAGUACGAACUCUGAGGAUAGAUGGGGGGCGAUCAGUUCACAUAUGGUGUCCAGGGCACAGCUCGGGCUGAGGGGGGUCUGUAGCAAGCGGCAACAGUGAGAGACUUAUUUCUGGAAAGGUGGAUUUUUAGAAGUAGAAGCUCAAACUGUUUGGGCACAGACCUGGAUAGUAUGAUACAGCUCUGCAGGCUAUCUCUACAGUAGAUUGCAACUCCGCACCCUUUGGCAGUUCUAUCUAGACGAAAAUGUUGUAGUUCGGAAUGGAAAUUUCAGAAUUUUUGGUGGCCUUCCUAAACCAAGAUUCAGACACUGCUAGACCAUCAGGGUAGGCGGAGAGGCUUCUGAUGUUAACAUGCAAGAAACCAAGGCUUUUGCGGUUACAGAAGUCAACAAAUGAUAGCGCCUGGGGGGUAGGAGUGAUACUGGGGGCUACAGGGCCUGGGUUAACCUCUACAUUACCAGAGGAACAGAGGAGGAAUAGAAUAAGGAUACGGCUAAAGGCUUUAAGAACUGGUCUUCUAGUGCGUUGGGUACAGAGAAUAAAAAGGACAGAUUUCCGGGCGUUGUAGAAUUGAUUCAGGGCAUUAUGUACAGACAAGGAUAUGGAAGGAUAUGAGUACAAUGGAGGGACACCUAAGCAUUGGGUAACUAUGAAAGAGAUAGCAUCACUGGAGGUACCGAUUGAGCCGGUCUCUGCGUGUACGGGGGGUGGGACAAAGGAGCUCUCUGAGGCUGGUUGAGCUGAACUUGAGGAUCUACAGUGAAAUUGUAUAAUAAGAACUAACCCAAACAGCAAAUGGCUAGGCAUAUUGACAUGGGAGAGAGGCAUAAUGCAAUCAUAGGUGUUAUUCGAGAGGGCUAAGAGAACAACUGGUAAUGGCGACGAAAGUUUGGGCUGAGGCUAAACAGAUAAACAGGACAGAUAAACUGGAUGGGGGUACCAUGUAAAGGAACAGUCCAGCAGGCAUUAGCUGUGUAGUUGAGUGAUCAUAAGGUCCAGUGAACAGCACUAAGUAAGUCCGGGAGCAGAUCGUAGGCUGCUAAAGUACAGGCGAGCAGGAGGCACGGCUGUUGAUUGCGCGUGCUAGCGGGCCGGGGCUAGCAGAUGGAUCUUCGUGGUCGUCGCAACGGGAAGCCUGUUGAAACCACAUCAGACGAUUAUGUCGGCAGACCAGUCGUGAUGGAUCGGCGGGGCUCCGUGUCAACACUAGGAGGUCCCGUCCGGUUGACAGAGAGGUAGAUAGCCGGGAGAUGGGCCUGGCUCGAGGCUAGCUCAAGGCUAACUGGUGCUUGUUUUGGGACAGUGGUGAUUAGCCAACAACAACAACAGCCAUUAGGUUGCAGCUAGCUAGUUGCGAUGAUCCUGUUGUUAAGGUCCAGUGAUUCCGGUAGAAAAUCAGAUAUGCUCUGGGUCGAUAGCACGCUGUGCAGACUGGCCGAUAAUUGUCCAGGCUAGAGCUGGCUGGUAGGUAGUGCAGGCCACGGACAGUGGUGAAGACCGCUAACGGUGGCUAAUAGCAAGUAGCUAGUUAGCUGGCUAGCUGGCUAAUUUCAAAAAUAAAGAAAUAAUGGUAUCCGUUCCACAUUGGGUGAGGUGGAUCAGUUGGUUACAGUAACAGUAGUGUCUAUGAUCAGUUGGUUACAGUAACAGUAAUGUCUAUGGUCAGUUGGUUACAGUAACAGUAGUGACUAUGAUCAGUUGGUUACAGUAACAGUAGUGUCUAUGAUCAGUUGGUUACAGUAACAGUAGUGACUAUGAUCAGUUGGUUACAGUAACAGUAGUGUCUAUGAUCAGUUGGUUACAGUAACAGUAGUGUCUAUGAUCAGUUGGUUACAGUAACAGUAGUGACUAUGAUCAGUUGGUUACAGUAACAGUAAUGUCUAUGAUCAGUUGGUUACAGUAACAGUAGUGUCUAUGAUCAGUUGGUUACAGUAACAGUAGUGUCUAUGAUCAGUUGGUUACAGUAACAGUAAUGUCUAUGAUCAGUUGGUUACAGUAACAGUAGUGUCUAUGAUCAGUUGGUUACAGUAACAGUAAUGUCUAUGAUCAGUUGGUUACAGUAACAGUAGUGUCUGAUCAGUUGGUUACAGUAACAGUAGUGUCUGAUCAGUUGGUUACAGUAACAGUAGUGUCUAUGAUCAGGUGGUUACAGUAACAGUAAUGUCUAUGAUCAGUUGGUUACAGUAGUAGUGUCUAUGAUCAGUUGGUUACAGUAACAGUAGUGUCUAUGAUCAGGUGGUUACAGUAACAGUAAUGUAUAUGAUCAGUUGGUUACAGUAACAGUAGUGUCUGAUCAGUUGGUUACAGUAACAGUAGUGUCUAUGAUCAGUUGGUUACAGUAACAGUAAUGUCUAUGAUCAGUUGGUUACAGUAACAGUAGUGUCUAUGAUCAGUUGGUUACAGUAACAGUAAUGUCUAUGGUCAGUUGGUUACAGUAACAGUAAUGUAUAUGAUCAGUUGGUUACAGUAACAGUAAUGUCUAUGAUCAGUUGGUUACAGUAACAGUAAUGUCUAUGGUCAGUUGGUUACAGUAACAGUAGUGUCUAUGAUCAGUUGGUUACAGUAACAGUAAUGUAUAUGAUCAGUUGGUUACAGUAACAGUAAUGUCUAUGAUCAGUUGGUUACAGUAACAGUAAUGUCUAUGAUCAGUUGGUUACAGUAACAGUAAUGUCUAUGAUCAGUUGGUUACAGUAACAGUAAUGUCUAUGGUCAGUUGGUUACAGUAACAGUAGUGUCUAUGAUCAGUUGGUUACAGUAACAGUAGUGUCUGAUCAGUUGGUUACAGUAACAGUAGUGUCUAUGAUCAGUUGGUUACAGUAACAGUAAUGUCUAUGAUCAGUUGGUUACAGUAAUGUCUAUGAUCAGUUGGUUACAGUAGUAGUAGUGUAUAUGAUCAGUUGGUUACAGUAAUGUCUAUGAUCAGUUGGUUACAGUAACAGUAAUGUCUAUGGUCAGUGUAUUUAGAGAGGGACUGAGAGUCCAGGCGAGUCCAUGUUGUCUCCUCCAGUCUCCUCUAACACAUCAAUAAGAGACAUUCACACAUCAGUGGAAAAUCAAUCUCUGUUCAGUCCUGCAGUGUUGUCUGAAGUAAAGUCUGGGGCCGUGUGUACUGUAUCUAGCGUCUCAGAGUAAAGAGUUCUGAUCUGGGAUCAGUUUAACCUUUUAGAUCAUAAUGAAUAACAUUACAUGGACGGGGACCAGGAGCCGUAUGUACUGUAUCUAGCAUCUCAGAGUAAAGAGUUCUGAUCUGGGAUCAGUUUAACCUUUUAGAUCAUAAUGAAUAACAUUACGGGGACCAGGAGCCGUAUGUACUGUAUCUAGCAUCUCAGAGUAAAGAGUUCUGAUCUGGGAUCAGUUUAACCUUUUAGAUCAUAAUGAAUAACAUUACAUGGACGGGGACCAGGAGCCGUAUGUACUGUAUCUAGCGUCUCAGAGUAAAGAGUUCUGAUCUGGGAUCAGUUUAACCUUUUAUAUAAUAAUGAAUAACAUUACAUGGACGGGGACCAGGAGCUGUAUGUACUGUAUCUAGCGUCUCAGAGUAAAGAGUUCUGAUCUGGGAUCAGUUUAACCUUUUAGAUCAUAAUGAAUAACAUUACAUGGACGGGGACCAGGAGCCGUAUGUACUGUAUCUAGCAUCUCAGAGUAAAGAGUUCUGAUCUGGGAUCAGUUUAACCUUUUUUGAUUGUAAUGAAUAAGAUUACAGAGACAUCGAGGAAUCUGAUCCUAGAUCAUCACUCCUACUCUGAGAGGCUUGAUACAUAUGAGCCCUGAAGUGAACUGCAGCAUAAGGGUGUCUGACACUGAGAUUGAAGUGCCAUCUAGUGGUCAAGAUGAUCACACAUAUUUGAGUGCAGAUAUUUCAUCGGUGUAGGUUUGCGUACCAAAUGUCACUUUAUCCCCUAGAUCAGUGUUGGGUAAAACACGUGUAGCGGUUAAAGGCAUUGGGCCAGUAACUGAAAGGUCGCUGGUUCGAAUCCCUUUUAGCCGACUAGGUGAAAAUUCUGCCGAUGUGCCCUAGAGCAAGGUACUUAACCCUAAUUGUAAAAUGUGUGUGUGUCUCCUCUCUCAUUGCAGUGACCACCAUCACCCUGGUGGAGCUGGGUCUGCUGUCCAACUCUGCCAUCGUGCUCCUCCUCAGUGAAGUCCUCUUCCUCAUCAUCACACUCCUCUACUACUACCACCUGGGCCGCAGGACCAAGAAGACCCAGAACCAUACACAUAGUUCUGAUUAG